AUGUCUUAUGCUCAAAAAGUCACAGACGAAUUUGUUAUGCCCACGUGUGUAGAAGGCUAUUCCGGUUUAGAUCUUAAAAAAGAUGGACUUUUAAUGGCCAAUUUUAGAGCCGAUCGAGCGCGAGAAAUCUUAACGUCCCUCUUGGAUCCCGACUUCAACGACUUUGACCGUGGAGCUUCUUUUACACCCCUUCCCCCAGAAAGAGCCGCAGGAAUGGUGGAGUAUUCCGCAGCUUUGAAAGCUUUGUGCCCUGCACUUUUCCCUCCAAUUUCUUUAAACAAUACUCUCGGACAGGUCGUUUCUGAUGCAGGGAAAACACAGCUCCGUCUUGCAGAAACAGAAAAAUAUGCUCACGUCACCUUCUUCCUUAACGGGGGACGAGAAAAACCCUUUCUAGGGGAAGAACGCCUUUUAAUCCAAUCGCCAAACGUUAAAACCUAUGACGAAAAGCCAGAAAUGUCUGCGAUCAAGCUCACAGAAGCACUGAUUAAUGCCAUCAAAUCACAUCAGUUUGAUUUGAUUGUCGUUAAUUAUGCCAACCCAGAUAUGGUUGGACAUACAGGGGAUUUGGCUGCCACCAUCAAAGCGGCAGAAACCAUUGACCAAUGCCUUAAACGCGUGACACAGUCCCUUUUAGAAAACCACGGCCAGAUGCUGAUCACCGCAGACCAUGGAAACUUAGAGAAAAUGCUCGACCUCGACACAGGCAAACCGCAUACAGCCCAUACUUGCAACCCCGUUCCCUGUGUUUUGGUCUCUGAAAAAGCUCAACCCAUUGUCCUAACCCAGGGAACUUUGUGUGAUAUUGCUCCAACAAUCCUCGAUCUUCUCAACCUCUCCAUUCCCAAAGAAAUGAAUUGCCGCUCUCUAAUAUAG